AUGUCCGAUCUUGGUGCGUCUGCUUCAUUCCUCGAACCUCCCUCGACUGGCGAUGACAACGAGGUCGACUCUCUCCCUUCAGAACCCGACUCUGACGAAGUUACGGUCAGUGAGGAUGACUACGAAUCGGAUGCAGAGCGAGAAUGGAAGGAGAGUUUACAGCAGCUCGAGUUGCUUCUCUCUAUGGUGAUCGUACCGUAUAUUGGCAAAUACUUUGGGCGAAAGUUUGCGUACUGGGGUUGGAAACAAUACAUGGAGUGGAACUUUCCCGUCGAAGUUGUGGUUACGAACAAAGCUGCUUUCAAGGGCGUCGGUGCGAUUGAGGCUGCUGCCUCGUUAUGA